AUGGACACUGGUAGCGACCUCAUAUGGACAACAUGCUGCCCUUGUGACAACUGCUCCAUCCAAACACCAAUGUUUGAUCCACUUCAGUCGUCCACCAACAAGAGCCAGAGCUGCUUCGCCAGCUCUUGCAAGGAAUUGCCCCAGUAUGGUUGCACCAGCGACCAACGUUGCUGUUUCAUAUAUUCCUAUGUUGAUGAAUCCUUCAUAGAAGGGAUACUGGCCACCGAGACACUCUUGUUUGACGAUGGUGCUGGCACCAUCAAGUUUACAGGAAUUGUCUUUGGUUGUGUUCAUAGGAAGCUCAAAUUCAUCAAAUUCAGCAAGGACGCAGAGUUUUCAGGCAAGGAAGAGGUUCAAGAGACGCCGAUGGCACCAGGUAGCACAGAUUAUGUGCUCAACCUGAUUGGCAUAAGCAUCGGGAACACCAGACUCAACAUACAAUUUGGUGUUGCACAGAUGACUCCAUUGUUGGGAGAUGCCAGGUCGAUCGUCAUAGAUGCGGGUACCAUGCUGACUUAUCUUGCCAAAGAUGUGUAUGAUCAAGUGGCAAAUGCGGUGGCUAAUGUCAUAAACCAUGAAUGCUUCUAUCAUCUAAGCAAGAUUUGCUGUGUUACCAUGUAG